GCUCCCUGGCAACCCGCCCCCCCCAGCUCGGCCCGCCGCUCGUCGCCAUGGGAACCGGAUUCUUCAGGGCUGGGAACAGAUGCGCCUUCUUUGGCCUCUCCGCUCCCACUAGCACUCGGCGGAGGGGGGAUCUUUACCUCCCGGAGUCGUGACCGUGACCCGGGAUCAGGGCGCUCCGCCCCGCCGCCCCGCCCGCGGGGGGCGGCCCCAGGGACGCCCCGGGUCCCCGCAGGCCUGAGCUGACGGCCUCAGUUUCCCCACUCCUCCCCGGGGCGCUUCCCCUUUCCUGGGCAGGGCUCUGGGCCCGCGCUACCUUGCCGGGCCGGCCCCACCGGCUGGGGAGGCAGUUGACGUGCAUGCACCUCCCCCCUUUACAGAUGGGGAGACGGAGGCCCCGGCGCUCAGCGCUGACCUGAGGGGGGCUGCGUCGGGGCUCCCCCCCGAUCUGUUCGCCAGCCACUGCCCUGGGUGGGCUCCCGCUCCUGGGGAGGCCGUAGGGGGCGCGGGACGGAGGAGCUGGAGCUGAGCAAGCCUUGCCCCUCCAGGCCCCUCCUUCGAGCCUGGAAAUGCAGCCCACAGCCACCAUGGCCACGGCCGCCACCACCACGGCCACCACUGCUGCCCUGACCACGACGUGGGACAACACCACCGGCCGCCCCACUGCGGAGCCCGACCCCAUCCGGGACAACUACGUGCUGCUGGUGGUGGUGAUGUCGCUGUUCGUCGGGGGCACGCUGGUGGUGCUGUCGGGCGUGCUGCUCCUGUGCAAGCGCUGCUGGGAGGUCCACCGGCGCCUCAACAGAGCGGUGGAGGAAGCAGAGAAGACCACCACCACCUACCUGGACAAUGGCACUCACCCAGCCCCAGACCCUGACUUCAGGGGGGAGGACCCCGAGGGCCAGGAUGCCGAGACGGAACGCUUCCUGUCCACCGGCUCCACCGGCCGCCGCGUGUCCUUCAACGAGGCCGCCCUGUUUGAGCAGAGCCGGAAGACACAUGACAAGGGCCGCCGGUACACCCUGACGGAGGGGGACUUCCACCACCUCAAGAACGCCCGGCUCACCCACCUGCACCUGCCGCCCCUCAAGAUUGUCACCAUCCACGAGUGUGACUCGGGCGAGGCCAGUGCAGCUGCCACCCCCCACACCACGGCCACCCCCAAGGCCAGCCUCGCCAUAUUCCAGCCCCCGGGGAAGGCCCUCACUGGCCGCUCCGUGGGCCCCAGCUCCGCCCUGCCAGGUGACCCCUACAACUCCGCCGUGGGCCCUGCCGACUUCGAGAUCAGCCCCUCGGUGUCCAGCGACUCUGGGGAAGGCCCCUCGCUGGACUCGGGUGCCAGGGGCGCCAAGCCCGCGGGGCCGGGGGCGGCAGCAGGGCCUGGGGAGGCCGGCCCAGUCCUGCAGUUCUUUACCCGCCUGCGGCGCCACGCCAGCCUAGACGGGGCCAGCCCCUACUUCAAGGUCAAGAAGUGGAAGCUGGAGCCCAGCCAGCGGGCGUCCAGUCUGGACACGAGAGGCUCCCCAAAGCGGCACCACUUCCAGCGGCAGCGGGCAGCCAGCGAGAGCACGGAGCAGGAGAACGCAGAUGCCCCCCCAGUGGAUUUCAUCCAGUACAUCGCCAGUGCGGGCGACGCUGUGGCCUUCCCGCCCCCCCGCCCCUUUCUGGCCAGCCCCACCAGCCCGCCCCCCACUCUUGGCAGGUAUUUUUCAGUAGAUAGAAGUGUUAGGGCUGGACCCGUGGUCCCGCCCUACCCCCUUCCCCCUAGGAGGCCCAGGGAGCGCCCACCCCGCCCUGCAGACAGGCGGUUUCGUCCCUCCGGCUCCACCGUCCCCCCCAGAGGCUGCCUGGCUGGGGCCACCUCUCCAGCACGGACCAGAGGAGGCGGCAGGGGGAGACUGGGUUAGAGGCUGCGGAGGAGGCGGGCGCCGCGGGAGGAGCGAGCCCCGAGUCCCCACCGGAGCGCGGCGGCGGCGGCGGCGGC